GCGGGCGAUGACGCCAUCACGUCUGCAGCCUAGCAGCAGCAGAGACGGCGUAAACAAAAGCAGGCAGCUUUAAAGCGGCUAACGCUAAGUAGCUUUAACGCGUCGUGUGUUUUAAAAAACAAACAAAAUAAAACACAGUGGCUUCAUUCGGCUGUGUGGUAAAAAUCCGCGUCGGUUCACGGGUGAGCACAGCUUUGUUUUGAUCGGUUACAGACUCGGUCGGUCUGAUUAAAAACGAGUUAAUAACAAGUUACCGCUAGCUCCGUUAGCUCCAGCUAAAGCUUAGGUAACGGGAAAAUGUGUCUGACAUAACGCGACAUAACGCGACAUAGCGCGAUAUAACGCGAUAUAACGCGAUAUAACACCUAUACUUAAAGGCUGGACGCGUUAAUGCUGCCUUAAGUCAGCUCGGUAUGUAGCUUCAUUCAGAGUCAGAGAGGCUGGCUCGUUGACCAGCAGUCACCUGGACUCUGACCUGAGAUGUUCAGCCUGAUGGCGAACUGCUGCAACUGGCUGAAGCGCUGGAGAGAGCCCGCAAGGAAGGUGACUCUGGUGAUGGUGGGGCUUGAUAACGCCGGGAAGACGGCCACAGUACGAGGAAUCCAAGGAGACAAUCCUGAGGACGUGGCUCCCACCGUCGGUUUCUCCAAGGUCGACCUGAAGCAGGGCAAGUUCGAGGUGACCAUCUUCGACCUCGGCGGCGGCAAGAGGAUCCGCGGCAUCUGGAAGAACUACUACUCGGAGUCGCACGGCGUCGUGUUCGUGGUCGACUCGAGCGACGUCCAGAGGAUCCAGGAGACGCGGGAGACGAUGGCCGAGGUGCUGCAGCACCCGCGCAUCGCGGGGAAACCCGUGCUCGUGCUCGCCAACAAACAGGACCAGGAGGGAGCGCUGGCUGAAGCCGACAUCAUCGAGAACCUGUCGUUAGAGAAGCUUGUCAACGAGAACAAGUGCCUCUGUCAGAUCGAGCCGUGCUCUGCCGUCCUCGGCUACGGAAAAAAGGUGGACAAGUCCAUCAAGAAGGGCCUGAAGUGGCUCCUCAACAACAUCGCCAAAGACUACGAGGCCAUCACGGAGCGCGUGCAGAAGGACACGGCCGAGCAGCGCGCCCAGGAGGAGCAGGACAAGAAGGAGAGGGCGGAGAGAGUGCGGCGGAUACGAGAGGAGAGAGACCGGCAGGAGCGGGAAGAGGCCGAGCGCGACGGCAGGCCGAUCCCGGAGGACGAGCCAGACGACGAAAACAUGCCCAGCCCCUUCCAGCCGAUCAACAGCGUGAUCACUGAGAAUGAGGACAGGGAGAAGGAGAAGAAGAGGACCAACAGCCCGAAGAGAGUCGCCGAUCAGGAGGAAGAGGACGAGGACGAGGACGACGAAGAGCCAGACAGCACGAGACAAACGCCGGACAACGCAACGACGGGCGAGCAGGACAAGAAGAAGACGAGGAAGCUCCACCUGAAGAGGAAGCACCGGGUGGACCCGCUGAGGACGGAGGACGGGCCGGCGGAGAGCCCCACCCCUCCACCUCCUCCAGGAUUUUCCACGUCUGUGCUGACUCGUGUUUGUCCGUUUUCUUUAUUUAUUUUUUUUUUAGUCGGAUGGGCCACACCGAAAGUUUCUAGGCUGCCAAAACUAGAGCCGCUCGGGGACUCGAGACAUUCUGAAUUUUUCAAGAAGCCUCUCCCGCCUCUCGCGAACAGGCCGCGGCCUAACGGCGACGCUCACGACGUCAUUUUUUAAACCAAUCACGGCUCCUUCUUUUUUUUUUGUGUGUGUCUCAAGCGAGCUGUGUGUAGACACCGCCAAACACAGACAGACAGACAGACACGCUGCGGGAGCUGAUGGAGCAUCAUGGGAAACGAAGUCCUGCUCACAACUCGGCGUGAAACGGAACAAACCCGCCCUGAACUGACUUGUCGGGUUCUUUGUGCUGAACUCCUUCGACAACUGUAGACUGAAACUUUUAUUUUUUAUUGUUAAUAUCAGUGUUUAAUUGACAAAGAAUGUAAAUAUAUCUGUUAUAACUCUACACGUCUGUUACUGAAUAUCGGACCCGUACGAUUAUGUUUCAUUCAUUUAUAUACUUGUAAACAGAGGUCUCACUGUAAGUGGCUUUUCACAGCUGAGUGCUUUUUUUUGUUUUGUUUUUUAAAGUCGGGAACAUUUCAUCCCCGAUGACGAGUUACACUACGCCGGGUCGUACACGAGAAAGUUGCUACACUACUCCAUGACUUCAUUUAAAUGUUUUGUGCCCAUGAAAAGAAGAAAAAAAAGGAUUUUUAUUUAUUGUUAAAAUAUGGGAACGUAUGAAAAUGUAUCUGUCUACAGGGCUAAAUCUUUUCCACGCGUUCAGCUGUUACACUGUGUUCCUGUUUUUUAAAGUGAUCUUUCUCUCGAGCCUCAGACUCGCUGCCUCUCGGGCGGGCCGGCGCCGUUGUUGUUGUUGUUGUUCCAGCUUCUUUUUCUUUACCUUUUGAAAAACAGCUAAAAUUGGAAACCCAAAAGUACAAACCUGAAAACAGAACCAAACACUAUCGGCCUAGUUGUUGGGAAAAGUUUCACAGCGGCGCGACGAGGGAGACGAGGAAAUAAUCACCACGCCGACACCUGGAGCAGCCGGUAUCGGGUCAGAACACAUGAGAGUAACUGUGUGUAGCAAAAGGAAGCACAUGAAAUAUCACUUUAAAAACGACCAUACUCUUAUUUCCAACCUACAGUACAACACUCACUCUCUUCUUAAUGAGCUCGAUGUUUGAAAAAAUAUUUUUUCUACCCAGUUUGACUUUUAUAACCGCACAAUUAAAGAUGUUUUAAAUAAA